AUGGCACCUGGCGCAAUUCAAACUGAGGCUGCGCCUGCGGGCAAUGCCACUUCCUUGAAGCCCACUGCACGCUCGUUCCACCCUACAGGCACUCCUGAUCCCUCCAAAUACCACGCCUCCUCAUCCUCUGAGGCCACAACAGCAGAGGCCAAGUACGCCGCUCACAACUACCACCCCCUUCCAAUCGUCUUCUCUCGCGCAAGUGGGUGCAGCGUCUGGGACCCUGAGGAGAACCACUACCUGGACUUUCUCUCGGCUUACAGCGCCGUCAACCAGGGCCACUGCCACCCAGAGCUUGUCAAGGCGUUGACCGAGCAGGCUUCGCGAUUGACACUCAGCAGCCGUGCGUUCUACAACGAUGUGUUCCCACGCUUCGCCGAGUAUGCCACAAAGCUGUUCGGGUUCGACAUGAUCCUGCCCAUGAACACGGGCGCCGAGGCUGUCGAGACCGCCGUGAAGAUUGCGCGCAAAUGGGGAUACAAGGUCAAGGGCAUCCCUCAAAACGAGGCUUUGAUCUUUUCUGUUGAGGAGAACUUCCACGGACGAACAUUUGCUGCCAUCACCAUGUCUACCGAUCCCGAGUCGCGCGAGAACUACGGCCCCUACCUACCAAACAUUGGGAGUGUCAACCCCACAUCAGGCAAGGGCAUCCGCUACAACAACGUAGAUGAUGUUCGCGAAGUACUCGAGGAGCAUGGCAAGAACACUGCUGCAUUCCUCGUUGAGCCCAUUCAGGGUGAGGCGGGCAUCGUCGUGCCGGACGAUAGCUACCUGAAGGAGGUUCGCGCUCUCUGCGACAAGCACAACGUACUCCUCAUCUGCGACGAGAUCCAGACUGGUAUUGCGAGGACUGGUAAGAUGCUCUGCCACGAGUGGAGUGGCAUCAAGCCAGAUCUCGUCCUGCUAGGCAAGGCCAUCUCUGGCGGCAUGUAUCCUGUAUCGGCAGUACUAGGAUCAAGGGAGGUCAUGCUCACGAUUGAGCCUGGUACACACGGCUCAACCUACGGAGGUAACCCUCUGGGUUCAGCUGUUGCUAUUCGUGCUCUGGAGCUCAUCCAGGAGGAAAACAUGGUUGAGCGCGCAGAGACAAUGGGCCAGAAGUUCCGUCAAGGCCUGAAGGACAUCAACAGCCCUAUGAUCACUACUAUUCGCGGCAAGGGUCUCCUCAACGCCAUUGUUAUCGAUGAGAGCAAGACAAACGGCCACAGCGCGUGGGACUUGUGCAUGCUGUUCAAGUCGAAGGGUCUUCUGGCAAAACCCACUCACCAGAACAUCAUCAGGUUGGCACCACCUCUUGUCAUCACUGACGAACAGGUUGAGAGCGCUCUGAAGAUUAUCAAGGAGGCUAUUGAGGAACUGCCAAGCCUCCAGGGCGAGAAGGAGGAGCAAGUCAUCCCUGAUCCUAGCGAGAAGAACGUUCACAUUGGAGUGGACAACUGA